GAAAUGGUCAUCGGAGGGCUCCAGUCGGACACCACCUACUCCAUCACAGUAGCUGCGUACACCACAAAGGGAGACGGGGCACGCAGCAAAUCCAAACUUGUGGUAACCAAAGGAGCAGGUCAGUCUUUCAUUUUAUUACAGUUUAUUACAAUGCCUUUUGACAAGUAUUACAAUGUGUUAGUACCGUAUCAUAAUACAUUACAACUGCAGGCUUUAAGUAAAUUGUUACCUUCCCUAUAUUGGAAAGAAAACUACCAUUCCAAUAUUUAUUGAUGAAACGGUUGUGGGUUUAUAAAAAUGAAAUAAAAACUCCUUUUGAAAGACAGAGACCAUCCUAUUUUGAUUCAACCUGUUUGUUGUUGUGUUGCCGCUUGAGAGGAAGUUUGGAUGUUUGGAAUUGGAUAGGGCCCUGAAGAUAAUCUAUAAAUGUUCAGCAAACUAUCCACAGACGGAAUGGCGGAUGACAUGAGAUAGUAGUAAACAUAGUUUUUGGCAGAUUUUGUUCUUCCGUUGCCCUCCAGGCCCGGGGCUUGUGGAUUACUGCUGGAGGCCUUAUUCAAACAUCAGAAUCUCUCUUUCUUUCGUUCUUUCGUUCUUUCUUCUUUUCUUCGUCUUUCGUUCUUUCGUUCUUUCUUUCUUUCUUUCUUUCUUUCUUUCUUUUUGCUUUCUUUCUUCUUUCUUCUUUCUUUCUUUCUUUUUCUUUCUUUAUUUCUUUCUUUCUUCUUUCUUUCUUUCUUUUCUUUCUUCUUUCUAAUGCUACACUCAGACUUCAGAGUCUCUCUCCCUCUUUUCCUUUCUCUUAAACACCAGUCUCCAAGCCAACGUUAACCCGGGCACUUGAGCCUCAUUAGAAAGUGAAGGCUUAGCUACCGUGAACACGGCCUAUUCCUGCAAGACUGGAGAGCCGUGAAAGCACUCUUUGAGCAAAUACGGUUCCGUCAGGGCUAAGAUAUGUAUCCACGCCAGUCCGCUUCAGACAUCCAAUAAAAACUCACUGGAAAGAAGACACACAAACUAUCUCUCUCUCACACACACACACACACACACACCUCUUUUGACAGGACCUGAUCUUGACAGGUGUGCCUAUCACCGGUGUCAGGCAGCAUGACGGGCAGCAAAGGUCCCUGGUACUGUCACUUCUCUCUCCCUUGUCGGCCGGCGCUGACUGAUACGGCAGUCUCUCUCACUCCAUCCAUCCCUCCCUUAAAGCCAAUCCCCAUUUCGUUUUUCAUUACUGAAAUGCGGAAAAGGGACCAAAAUAAAUGAAUAAAUAAGCGUGAGGCAGACAGAAAGAGACGAAGAGAAACCUUCGGAGGUAAAAAAUACUUCCAACUCCCCUUUCAUGUGACAGUGGAGCUACCAGCUUCCAGUUCUGCCAUGGGGCUCAGUCAAAUCGUGGCCGAGACGGUUGCCAUGGUUCUCCCAGGCCCGUUUCAGGGAGACAUUGUGCUGUCAGACAAGUUAAGCCCCUGCCUUGUGCUAUUGAUAAGGCAAAGGCACAGAUGGGAAGGAGGGCCCUUUCAAGAGUUUACACACACACACACACACACAAACACACACACACACACACAUAGACUGUUUUUGUAUCUUUCAGAAGGGCAACCAGACUUUUAAGAGAGAAAAAUAAAGAAAUGCCAAGUUGUUGGAAGUAUGGCUAUGUCAAACUCUUAAGUCUUUGUUCAAUAGAUAAUGCCUCAACCUAAAACAUUGUGAAAAUCGAGGAUAGAUUAAUUUCAUCCAACUCAAAGUGGUCGGUCGAUGUCACGAUUAAUUACUUUCCAUGUAACAGCCAGCUACUUUUGAUGUAGGUGUUGGAGUCUAGGUUUGACGCAGUCUUCACAGUCUUUGUGCAUUAUUUAGCUUCCAUUGUGUUUCAAUGUGUUCAUUAUUUACUUAGUAAUAACAAUUCGAUUCCUAGAACUUGGUGUUGUUUGACGUCACCGUUGCAUAUUCAAAUCGCCUUCGGGCUUUAGAAUAUUCCAGUCCCUAGCUAUUCAGAACAACUAACUAUUCCUAACACAGAAGGACAGUCCAUUAACUCCAUUAACAUUCCAGGCCACCAAAGGCCACUUCUUCUCCCGCUCUAAUAGUCAGAAAUUCUCAUUAGUCCUCAUCCCUCCAUCUUUCCUCCUCCUCCUCUGCAUCCUCCCACCCCUCCCAAUUCUCCCGGGAGGUGAGCAGAUUGCAUGUUGGCGCUGUAUAGCGAAGCCGAGAAUACUCUGGGAAUACACCGGAAUACUCUGGGAAGAAACCAUCUGGACGCCACUAGACCCCACAGACCCCCUGGCUAUCCCUUCUCCUAUUUGGUUACAUAGCACUGGUGGGUGGCGGGGCCAAUAAGCUUGAAGCAUAUUUAUGACUUCAACUGUCCUUAUUUCUUCUGUGUUUUUAUAAGAAAUAGAAAUAGUCCUUAAAGGGGAAACACUAGGAUUUAGAACGCCUGCUAACUGUAACUGUAAAUUGCCAUAUUGGCAUUGUUGCAUCACUGGCAGGAGAGAAGAUUUUGGAACUACCAAAAAUGGCUGAAUUUACCAAGAGUAGCUCCGAGUCUGAGAAUGAGUUUAUAACAGAGGAUGAAAUAACGUUAGUUAGGGAGCCAAUAAACCUACUGAAGUCGUUCAUGUUUGAGCCGAUCGUUUCCCCAGAUCAAAGAGUUCGUUGUCGUACCAGAAAUAGUCCUUAAAAUAGACGUUAAGUUAAAGCUGGAAUCCUUAAUGGUGAAACUGCCACGUCCAUUUGGGAUAUUACAACAACAAAGAAGUUACUGCAAACAAUGAACCCUGUUUUUUUUUCCUCAGACAUCAUUGCACGUGUGAUAGAUGAACAUGAAUAUGGGAGGGAAAUGGGUUAUGAAAGACCUUUGCUGUCAAAAUAGCUGUGCAUCUCUCAGCAUGGCCGAGGUGAUUUUUCAUCACCACAGCUAAAUUAGGUAUAUGUGGGGAGGCAUUUUCAAUUAUGUUUGCCCUCCAUCGCUGGUCCGCUCGUGCCCCGUUUGCCGCCAAUAUCAAUUGCGUGCGAAAAUCACUUAUGAAGUGCCUUAGACAGCGACCCGCAGGCCUGUACAGUGCAGUAGAGUAAGGUGGACCCACGACCGCUGAUAUAUCUUCCUGGAAGUUGUAACCGCAGGUUAAUCGCUAACAUGGUUGAAGGUAUUUUUUUUUAAACAUCUCGCUUGGCACACACACACACACUAUUAUACACACACACACACUAUUAUACAAACUCGUACAUCAGCGGAGGCUGGUGGGAGGAGCUAUAGGAGGACGGGCUCAUUGUAAUGACUGGAAUAGGAAUCAAUGAAACGGUAUCAAACACAUCAAACAUAUGGAAACUACAUGUCUGACUCCGUUCCAUUCAUGCCCAUUCCAGCCAUUACAAUGAGCCCGUCCUCCUAUAGCUCCUCCCACCAGCCUCCACUGACAUACAUACGUUCAGAGAGAGAGAAGGGAAGAGCCGUCUGAGCAGACGGUACCCGCGUCGCAGCCCUUAGACGGAGAGAGAUUUAAGAGAGAACGUAUGUCCUUCUCCGAGACCCCCGCUAUGUUAUGUACUGCUUGCCGAGAGGCCACCUCUGAGUGAGGAGCCUAUCUUCCCUUCAUCGGUGUGUUGUUUGCUUUUGGCCACGGGGUAUUCCUUUUCCUUUGUGUAUCUGGUAUUGUCGCAUUUUGCACCGCCAGGAUCCAGACCCCGACCCAGACGAGACCCAGACAGCAGCAGAGCGAGCGCGAGAGAGCCCCAGAGGUUGCGUAUUUUGCCGCGAUGUGAGCGCAGAGAGUGAGAUUGGUGACUGAAGGCACCGACUGGAGAUGAGAGAGAGAGUAGGUAGAGCGGAACUUUGUAGUGAGGAGAGAGAGGGAUGCAGGGGAUGUGGUAGAGUAGAAGACGAGAGAUGAGAGAUCUCAUCGAAGGGAGUACGCGUUAACACCGCGCGCCACUCCUCCAUGCCCGUUGCAAUCGGCCCGUCCCCCUCUUUGACGGACAGAUUGGACUUCUGUUACCGUCACCUUCUCAUCAUGAGGGGGAGGACUGUUAUUAUCACACCUCUUCCUCCCUCCUUCUCCUCUUCCUCUCUCCAUCCUCCAGUUUUGCCUUAGCACCAAUCAGCUUGCUCAGUUAACACCCCACUACCCUACUCUCAUUUUCAGUAGUCCCUGGAGUAUUACCAUUGAUGAAAUUUUACUACAACCUCAGGCUCUGCUUACUCUCGGCUCUCUCAUGGGCUUUCUAAGCAGUAGACGUGAGGGGAGGGAGAGUCAAGUUUAAACAAGACAGGCUAGUUGCGGGGCUAGCUACGUUUGUUAGCGGGGAGAAUGGAACACAUUAUUCACUGCUAUUUGGAGGUGAUGCUGUUUUUCCAUCCUGCUCCAACUCCAUCCCCCUGCAAAAAGUUAAAAGAGGACAUAAGGAAAGGAGUGGAGGAACAAGAAGGCAAAGGGGAUGGCUAUAAGGGGGAGGGAGAGUAGUGAGUGGGAGGGUAGAUGGGUAGAGUAGGCAGUAUGUAUAGUAGUAGGUAGUGGAGUAGUAGGUAGUAUAGUAGUGGGUAGUAGUAUACGUAGUGGGGUAGUAUAGUAGUUGUGGUAGUAUAGUAGUGGGGGUCUAGUAGGAGUAGGGGGUUAGUAUAGGAGUGGGGUAGUAGACGUAGUGGGGUUAGUACUAGUUUAGUGGGGGGGUAGUGGGAUGUGGAGUAGUAUAGUAGUGGAAGUAGUAUAGUAUAGUAGUAGGGUAGUGGAGUAGUAGGGUAGUAUAGUAGUGGAGGUAGUCUAGUAGCUGGAGUAGUAUAGUAGUGGGGGGUGGUUAGAUUCGUAGUGGGGUAGUAUAGUGUAGUGGGGUAGGGGGGGUUAGUAGGUAGUAUAGUAGUUGGUGGUAGUAUAGUAGUGGGGUAUCAGUAUAGUAGUGGGCGGUAGGAGAGUUAGUAGAGGAGGGGGUAGUAGAGUUAGUGGCGGUAGUUAUAGUAGUGGGUUGGUAGUAGAGUCGUGGGGGUAGUAGAGGUAGGAGAGGUUAGGUGGGGUUAGUAGAGUCGGGGGGUGGUAGAGAUAGUAGGGUAGUGGAGGUAGGAUGAGUAGUUUUUUGGGGUUAGUAUUCUAGUAGUAUAGUAGUGGGGUAGUAUAGUAGUGGGGUAGUAUAGUAGUAUAGUAGUGGGGUAGUAUAGUAGUGGGGUGUAUCGUAGCUAGGGUUAGUAUAGUAGGUGGGUGGGGUAGUAGAGUCGUGGGGUAGUAGAGUAGUGGGGUAGUAUAGUAGUGGGGUAGUAUAGUAGUAUAGUAGUGGGGUAGUAGAGUAGUGGGGUAGUAGAGUAGUGGGGGUAGAUAGUGUGGGGUAGUAGUAGUGGGGUAGGGGGUGGUAUAGUUAUAGUAGGUGGGGUGGUCUUAGUUAGGUAGUGGGGGUAGUGAGUAGCUGGGGUAGUAGAGGUGUGGGGGUAGUAUAGGUUAGUGGGGGUCUAGUAUAGUAGAGUAGAGUCGUGGGGUAUAGUAGAGUAGUGGGUAGUAUAUAUGGUAGGAUGGGUAGUAUGGUAGUGGGGUAGUAUAGUAGUGGGGUAGUAUAGUAGUGGGGUAGUAGAGUAGUGGGGUAGUAGAGUAGUGGGGUAGUAUAGUAGUGGGUAGUUAGUAGUGGGGGUAGUAUAGUUAGUGGGGUACGCCGGGGCGUAGUAUAGAGUGGUGGACGUAUAGUAAGGGGGUAGUAGAGUAGUGGGGGGUAGUGGGGUAGUAGGGUAGUAUAGUAGUGGGGUAGUAUAGUAGUGGGGUAGUAUAGUAGUGGGGGUCGUAGAAGUAGUGGGGUAGAUAGUAGUAGAGUGUAGAGUAGUGGAGUAGUCUAUAGUGGGGUAGUAGAGUGGGUGGGGGUAGUAGAGUAGGGGGGGUAGUAGAGUAGUGGGGUAGUAUAGUAGUAGAGUAGUGGGGUAGUAGAGUAGUGGGGUAGUAUAGUAGUAGAGUAGUGGGGUAGUAGAGUAGUGGGGUAGUAUAGUAGUAGAGUAGUAGGGUAGUAGAGUAGUGGGGUAGUAUAGUAGUGGGGUAGUAUAGUAGUGGGGUAGUAGAAGUCGUGGGGUAGUAUAGUAGUAGCGUAAGUGGGUAGAGUAUAGUAGUAGAAGUUAGUGGGGGUGUAGGGUGUCGAGUAGUGGGGAGUUAUCGUAGUAGAGUAGGUGGGGUUAGUAUAGUAUGUAGAGUAGUGGGGGUAGUAGAGUAGUGGGGGGUAGUAUAGUAGUAGAGUAGUGGGGUAGUAGAGUAGUGGGGUAGUAUAGUAGUAGAGUAGUGGGGUAGUAGAGUAGUGGGUAAGUAUAGUAGUAGAGUAGUGGGGUAGUAGAGUAGUGGGGUAGUAUAGUAGUAGAGUAGUAGGGUAGUAGAGUAGUGGGUAGUAUAGUUGUGGGGUAGUAUAGUAGUGGGGUAGUAGAUAGUGGGGUAGUAGCGUAGUGGGGUAGUAAGGAGGAGUAGAGUAGUGGGGGGUAGUAUAGUCGUGGGGUCGUAUAUCGUAGAGGUCGUGGGGUGUAUGUAGAGUAGUGGGUAGUAUAGUCGUGGGGUAGUAUGUAGUGGCACACGGUAGUAGAGUAGUGGGGUUAGUAGGUAGUGGGGGUUUGUAAGUAGGGGGUAGUAUAGUAGUGGGGUCGUUUUAGUAGUGGUGUAAGUGGGGUAGUAUUUAGUGUAUAGUAGUGGGGUAGUAUAGUAGUGGGGUAGUAGAGUAGUGGGGUAGUGGGGUAGUAUAGUAGUGGGGUAGUAGAGUAGUGGGGUAGUGGGGUAGUAGAGUAGUGGGGUAGUAUAGUAGUGGGGUAGUAGAGUAGUGGAGUAGUAUAGUAGUGGGGGGUGGGAGUGGUAGUAGAGUAGUGGGGUUAAGGGGGUGGGGGUGGUAGUAUAGUAGGGGGUAGUGGAGGUGUAUAGUAGUAGUAGUGCGGUAGUAGAGUAGUGGGGUAGUAAGUAGCUAGAGUAAGGUAGUGGGGUAGUAUAGUGUAGAGUAGUGUUUGGGUAGUUAGAGUAGUGGGGGUAGUGGGGUAGUAUAGUAGUGGGGUAGUAGAGUAGUAUAGUAGUGGGGUAGUAUAGUAGUAGAGUAGUGGGUUAGUAUAGUAGUGGGGUAGUGGGGUAGUAGAGUAGUGGGGUAGUGGGGUAGUGGGGUAGUAUAGUAGUGGGGUAGUGGGGUAGUAUAGUAGUAGAGUAGUGGGGUAGUAGAGUAGUGGGGUAGUAUAGUAGUAGAGUUAGUGGGGGGUAGCAGAAGAGUAGGGGGUAGUGGGGGGGUAGGUGGUUGGGGGUAAGGGUAGUAGUUAGAGUAUGGGGGUCGCAGAGUAGUGGGGUAGUGGGGUAGUAUAGUAGUAGAGUAGUGGGGUAGUGGGGUAGUAUAGUAGUAGAGUAGUGGGGUAGUAGAGUAGUGGAGUAGUAUAGUAGUGGGGUAGUAUAGUAGUGGAGAGUAUAGUAAUGGGUCGUAUAGUAGUGGGAGUAUGCUAUAGUAAUGGUGGCUAGUUUAGAGUGGGGUAGUGGGGUUAGGGGUAGUGAGUAGUGGGGUAGUGGGGUAGUUAGUAUAGUAGUUGGAGUAAGUAGUUCUAGUAAUGAGGGGGUAGUUACUAGUGUGUGGUGUUUGGUAGUGGGGUAGUGAGGGGUAUAGAGUAGUAGGGUUGUAGGUAGUGGGGUUAGUGGGGGGUAGUUAUAGUAGUAGAGUGGUGGGAGUAUAGUGAGUAGAGUAGGAGUGGGGUAGUAUCGUUAGUAGAGUAGUGGGGUAGUAGAGUAGUGGGGUAGUAGAGUAGUGGGGUAGUGGGGUAGUAUAGUAGUAGAGUAGUGGGGUAGUAUAGUACUGGAGUAGUAUAGUAGUGGGGUAGUAUAGUUUUGGAGUAUUAUAGUAGUGGAGUAGUGGAGUAGUUGAGUAGUAUAGUAGUGGAGUAGGUGGGUAUUGGAAUAAUGGAGUAGUAUAGUAGUAGAGUAGUGGAUUAGUGGGGCCUUAUAGUGGUGGAGUAUUGAAGUAGUAUAGUAAUGGAGUAUUAUAGUAGUGGAGUAGUAUAGUUGUGGAGUAGUGGAUUAGUGGGUUAUUGAAGUAGUAUAGUAGUGGAGUAGUGAAGUAGUAUAGUGGCGUAGUAUAGUAGUAUAGUAUUGGAGUAGUGGAGGUAGUAUAGUAGUGGAGUAGUAUAGUAGUGGAGUAGUGGAGUAGUAUAGUAGUGGAGUAGUAUAGUAGUGGACUAGUGAGUUAGUAUUAUGGUGGAGUAGUAUAGAAAUGGAGUAGUAGAGUAGUAUAGUAGUGGAGUAGUAUAGUAGUGGAAUAGUAUAGUAGUGGAGUAGUUUAGUAGUGGAAUACUAUAGUAGUGGAGUAGUUUAGUAGUGGAGAGUAGUGGGCUAAUAGGGUAGGUGUGUGCUACGAAGUGGCUAAGAGUGUGUGUACAAAAGUGCACACAUUUGUAUCUGCAGAAAUCCACACACACACACCUUGAAAUACACUCACACACUCACUGUAGGGUUGGUGACACUGUAGGGUUGGUGACACUGUAGGGUUGGUGACACUGUAGGGUUGGUGACACUGUAGGGUUAUUGACACUGUAGUGUUGGUGUCAAUUCCCAUUUGUACUCACUACUCAGUCAAUGCCGAAAUUAAUUUAAUAUCAAUUCAUGAAUAGGAGAAAUAGGUAAUUAUUUGUUCUGACAGGACCUUUGAACCUGGAAUUGUAUUUUCUGAAUUGACUUGAGUCAAGAUAAAAAGACAGAAAGAUAAGAGUAAGUCUGCUUGUCUAACAUUAUGCCGUUGACGGUAUAACCCAAUCACCGAAAAUAUUGGUUUUAGUAGUCUCAGUUUAUACUGACUCCGUCGUUGCCUACCCCUUUGUCCAGGUCUGUUAAAAAAAAAGUUUUCACCCCAAUAAAAGGCGCAUUCCUCUCUAUAGUGAAGAAAAGUAUUUUAUCCUAUACAGAACAUACGCAUUGGUCCUCCCGAGAAGCCUUCAUAUUUUCCACAAUGGGAGCAUUGUAGAGUUCCAGCACAGUCUGUUAUUACUUAUUGACGUACCUAGAUGUACAAACCACAAACCGUGCUCUCUCUUCAAAAACACACCUUGUUUAACCUUUUAGUAAAAAAACAUAGAUGAAUAAAAGUUUUGUUUGUUUUUGCUUUCUCCACAGUGCCCGGGCCACCCUAUCUGUCAGUGGCUCAGGAUUCAGAGACGUCGGCUGUGGUGUGCUGGGACACACCCGAUGUUAUGAUCCCUGGCAUGGAACUGCAGGGUUACCGGCUUCAGUUUGGCCGUAAGGACGUGUCCCCCCUGGCUACUCUGGAGUUCACCCCCCAGGAGAGGAAGUACACGGUGGCUAGUGUCCACCGCGGCGCCACCUACCUCUUCAAAGUACAGGCCAAGAGUCGGGGGGGCUUCGGGGAGGAGGCGACAGCCGAACUGCAGGUGCCCGAACACACACCCCAGGGGUACCCCCAAAUCAGCGAAAGCUCCAAUGUGACCUGCUGCUCGGUGGAAUUGGCAUGGUCGCCCCCGGUGCUGGCAGAGCGCAAUGGAGACAUCACGGAGUACACGCUAGCAUACCAGGAGACGGGUGUGGGGGGCACGCCCCGGGAACUCAGCCUGCCCGCCAGCCAGUCCACCUACGUGCUCAACAGCCUCAAAACCCAACUCGGCGUACGACGUGAAAAUCCGCGCGCACACGAGUGUAGGUCCAGGGCCCUACAGCCCGCCGAUCCAGUAUCGGACUGUGGCGUUUGA